AUGGCGACAGACACGAAGGAUGCAAAGGAUGUGAAAGACGUCAAAGACGUCAAAGAUGAAACUCCUGCCGACACUCGAGAUGCGCUCGAAGUGCUGGAAUCCGAAGCCAAGGAGUGGGAGAAGGCAAGCAAACCACAACACCAACGCCCAGAUGCCGAAAUAGACCGUAUCCUCAAAGCCUUCCGGCUCGACGCCUACACAGUCCUAGGCCUCAAGCCUGGCGUGACCGAAUCCGACAUCAAGAUCGCCUACCGCAAAAAGUCGCUGCUGAUCCAUCCCGACAAGACGAAGAACCCCCUGGCCCCGGAAGCGUUUGACCGGCUGAAGAAGGCGCAGACGGAACUGAUGGACGAGAAGCACCGGCAGACCCUCGACGAAGCCAUCGCGGACGCGCGCAUGCUGCUGAUCCGCGAGAACAAGUGGACGGUCGACAGCCCGGAACUCAAGACGGCCGAGUUCGAGAAGAAGUGGCAGGACAAGACCAAGUUUGUGCUGAUCGAAAACGAGCAGCGACGACGCAGACAGCUCAAGGCGCAGAUGCAGGAAGAAGGCCGCGAGCAGCGGAAAGCGGAUGAGGAGAUGGAGCAGCGCAAGCGCAAGAGGCAGCACGAAGAGGACUGGGAGAAGACGAGGGACCAGCGCAUCGAUAGUUGGCGCGCAUUCCAAAAGGGCAAGUCCGGGGAUUCGGAUAAGAAAAAGAAAAAGAAGUUGAAGCCGAUCGGCUGA